AUGGCUUCACUCGUGGAGGCCGCGGCAGGAACGGAGGUGGCUGUGGCCAUGCUGGCGGCCGUGGCAAUGGAGGCAACGGCAAUGGUCACGGUGGGCGUGGCCAUGCAGGAGGAGGCGGCCGCGACGAUCUCCUGGAGGUUUUCUGCCAGAUCUGAGAAGAGUGCAAGUGCCGUGGCUAAGUCAUCCUAUGGCGUCGACACUGGCGCCACUGAUCACAUCACCGGCGAGUUGGACAAACUCACCAUGAGGGAGAGGUACAAUGGCCAUGACCAAGUGAACAUGCCCAACGGGUCAGUCUUUCUGUUUGCUGCCCUCAAUCCAAAUGCCGGUGCUCUCAUUAGGUCUGAAGUUCUUCUCCUUUCUGAAAACACCUUGCCUACUUCUGUUGAUCAGGGGGACGAACAUCUAGCUAAUGAUCCUUUGGGUAAUUUUCAUGAAAAUCCUGCUAUAAAUUUUGGUGGAAAUCCUAUUUUGCGUCAUGAUUUUAUGCAGCAGCAAGAGACAAACACAGGACACGAGGAGGAUUCAGGUGCUGUACCAGAUUCUGACGGCGGCGAUCCCGAAGGCAAUCCAUCCUCGCCUGCCGCGCCAGGCAGUGGCGGCGUAUCCGCCUCGAGGCCAGGCGGGCCAUCGCCAGGCAGCCACGCGUUCCCCCGCGGCCCAGCGGGCGAGACAUCGACAUCUCGUGGCGGGCCCCAUACUAGUGGUGGGCCAUCUGCCAUGCCAUCCGCGUCGACGCGCCCGACAGGGCGGUCCCUCGACUCCGCCACCCAACCAACUGGGCCUCGCCAAGUCGCCCAGCCCGAUGCAGACUCGGGAACGGGCGCGGGUGCGCCGCUGCCAGCCUCUGACAACAUCCGCCUUGGAUCGGGUGUCGCUGGAUCGCGUGCUGCUGCCUCGGACUCUGCCGGAUCCUCUGCGCUACGCGAUUCUGCUGCAGCUCCUGUGCCAGCGCUGAGAACACGGUCACAACAUGGAGUUGCCAAACCAAAAAUUCGUACUGAUGGUACGGUCAGGUAUGACAAGCGUUUUGGAGGUCUUGCUGUCACGGUAUCAAACAGUUGGAGCCUUCGUCAAUUGGAUGUGCAGAAUGCGUUCCUUCAUGGUGUUCUAGAGGAGGAAGUUUACAUGAAACAACCACCUGGGUAUGAGGCACCUAGAGCAUGGUACUCUAGGUUAAGUGUAAAGCUUCAAAGGCUUGGAUUUCGACCCUCAAAGGCAGAUGCAUCUCUCUUCUUCUAUAAAAGAGGCAAAGUAAUCAUUUUUAUGUUGGUAUAUGUUGAUGACAUAAUUGUGGCUAGUUCAGCACAGGAAGCAACUAGUGCACUAUUAGAAGAUCUUAAGAAGGAUUUUGCUCUAAAAGAUCUUGGUGACUUGCAUUACUUCUUGGGCAUAGAAGUAAAGAAGGUAACAGAUGGUAUACUUCUAAGUCAAGAAAAGUAUGUGUCAGAUAUACUGAAGAGAUCAGACUGGGCAGGUUGUCCUGAUGACAGAAGGUCUACAGGAGGCUUUGCAGUUUUCUUUGGACCAAAUCUUAUAUCCCGGAGUGCAAGGAAGCAAGCUACUGUGUCAAGAUCUAGCACUGAAGCUGAAUACAAAGCUUUGGCUAAUGCAACAGCCGAGUUAAUAUGGGUUCAGGCGUUGCUCAAUGAACUUGGCAUAAAACACUCUUCUGUUGCACGCUUAUGGUGUGAUAACAUUGGUGCUACUUAUCUAUCAGCAAAUCCAGUGUCCCAUGCAAGGACAAAACACAUUGAGGUUGAUUAUCAUUUUGUUCGUGAAAGAGUAGCCAAGAAGCUACUAGACAUACGAUUCAUCCCUACAAAUGAUCAAGUUGCAGAUGGGUUUACCAAGGCCCUGUCAUGGAGCAAGUUGGAAGAGUUUAAGAACAAUCUCAACUUGGUGAAGUUGUGA